AUGAAAGUUCUUCACGUUUUAAAAAAUCUGAACAUUCAAAGCAGUUCACUAGUUAAAAUUUGUAAAAAUGAGAAGACAACAAACUUCAAAAAAGUUUUAGUAAAUAACUGGAGUAAUUUAAAGAGGAAUAAUGAAUUUAUUGAGAAUGUGAAUGAAAAUAAUUUGAAUGAUAGAAAUAAUUAUGAAGAGUUAAAUAAUAAAAAUGAUGGUGAAGAUGAUAUAGUAAAUAAUUUAAGCGAUAAUAUAAAAAGAACAUUAAAUAAAAAUGAGGAAUUUAUUAGAAAUAAUGAAAUUUUUGAUAAUGUUAAAGAAAAUCAAAAGAGUAAAAUGAAUAGAUUUUAUUUAGAUAGUCAAGCAACUACAAUGAUUGAUCCUCGAGUAUUAGAUAAAAUGUUACCUUAUAUGACAUAUAUAUAUGGAAAUGCACAUUCAAGAAAUCAUUUUUUUGGUUGGGAAUCAGAAAAAGCAGUAGAAGAUUCAAGAAAAAAUAUUAUUAAUUUAAUUAAUGGGAAAAACAAUAAGGAAAUUAUAUUUACAUCUGGAGCAACUGAAAGUAACAAUUUAGCAUUAAUUGGAAUAUGCACUUAUUAUAAUAAACUUAAUAAUAAGAAGAAUCAUAUCAUAACUUCACAAAUUGAGCACAAGUGUAUUUUACAAACAUGUAGAUAUUUACAAACAAAAGGGUUUGAAGUAACUUAUUUAAAACCAGAUGAAAAAGGUAUUAUAAAAUUAGAGGAUAUUAAAAAUAGUAUAAAAGAUAAUACUAUAAUGGCAUCUUUUAUUUAUGUAAAUAAUGAAAUUGGAGUAUUUCAAGAUAUUGAAAAUAUUGGAAAGUUAUGUAAAGAAAAAGAUAUUCUAUUUCAUACUGAUGCAUCCCAAGCAGUUGGGAAAAUUUCUGUUGAUGUUCAAAAAAUGAAUAUUGAUUUAAUGUCAAUAUCUGCUCAUAAAAUGUAUGGACCAAAAGGAAUAGGUGCAUUAUAUAUUAAAAGAAAAAAACCAAACAUAAGAUUAAAUGCGAUAAUUCAUGGAGGUGGGCAAGAAAGAGGAUUAAGAUCAGGAACUUUACCUACUCAUCUAAUUGUUGGUUUUGGGGAAGCAGCAAAUAUAUGUAAUAAAGAAAUGAAUCGUGACAAUAAAAAAAUGCGUUUCUUUUUUAACUAUGUAAAAGAUCAUUUAUCAAAACAUUUAGAUUAUAUUAUAUUUAAUGGAUGCCAAAUAAAUAGAUAUUUUGGUAAUAUUAAUAUUUCCUUUUUAUUCGUUGAAGGAGAAAGUUUAUUAAUGUCAUUAAACGAAAUAGCUUUGAGUUCAGGUUCUGCUUGUACUUCUAGCACGUUAGAACCAAGUUAUGUUUUAAGAUCAAUAGGAGUUUCAGAAGAUAUUGCACAUACAUCAAUACGAAUUGGUUUUAAUAGAUUCACAACUUUUUUUGAAGUAGAACAAUUAUGUAUUAAUUUAGUUAAAGCAGUUAAAAGAUUAAGAAAUAUUUCACCAUUAUAUGAAAUGGAAUUAGAAAAAAAAUCUUCAAAUCAAACACCCCAAUUUAUUUGGACAUAA